GUUCUAUAAAAACAAGUCGCUAUGAUUCUAAAUAGUUUAGAGUUAAUUUAGCAAGCACAGCAUUCGCAACGCGUCACAUCUCAACAUGUCGGAUAAGGUCGAACAACAAACCAGCUAUAAUCCAAAAACUAAAAUAUGGAGUGGCGCCCAAGUGGAAGUGACCUAUGGACCGGAGGAUUCAAUUGCUGCACUGGCUCUAAGGCAAAUGUUGGAUAAUCCCGAUCACGUUGGACAGGAUUCCCAUCAAAGUGGAAAUGAACUGACGAACUUUGAGCUGGCCAAACGAACGGUACAAGCUGCCAAAUAUUUCGAAAAACUCCAGCUGCAACAGUGCGAUAUGAUUGGUCUAUGUGCUGGUAAUACCGAUUACGUAGCUCCCUUGGUGUUUGGUGCAUUGGCGGCGGGACUUUCUAUUAGUACCUUGGAUCCUAGUUUCGAUACAGCCGGCAUCAAACAUGUCUAUUCAUUGACAAGGCCCCGCCUGAUGUUCUGUGAUGGUGAACUGUAUGAACGAGCACGCACGGCAUUGGAUGACUGCCAGCUUACGGCGACGAAAAUCUACACAAUGAGUAAUCAUCGUGAAGAUGUUCCCAGCAUUAUGGAGUUCUUCGAGGAUGAUAGUGUGGAUCCGAGGGAUUAUAGGGUACCGCUGUUGAAAAAUGGCCUUGACCAAAGUGCUUUCAUUGUCUGUACGUCGGGUACCACAGGAUUGCCCAAAGGUGUUUGUAUAUCCCAUGCAAACGUGGUGGUGAAUUCCUUUUCAUUAAACGCCUACAAGGACACCACCCUACUUUGUUUUAGCUCCCUCUAUUGGUUAUCGGGGAUAAUAACCCUGGUGCAUGGCACUAUUGGUGGGGCCAAGCGCAUCAUUUCCUCCCGACCAUUCAAUACGAAUGACUUUUUCGACAUUGUCGAGCGUUACCGAGUCAAAAUUACCAUUGGUCCACCCUCACAAAUUGCAUUGGCCGUUUGCUCGGAGAGAAUUGCCUCGGCGGAUUUGUCAAGUCUUGAAGCCACUCUGAUUGGUGGCAGUGCCGUCUCAUAUUCUUUAACGGAAAAAUUUACACAAUUCGCUAAAAAUGCCAGCUGUUCGGUCGGUUACGGUUGCAGUGAAAUUGGUGGCAUAUCCAUGGCUAAGAGUUCUCCAAAUAAUUCAGUUGGUUUCUUGUUUCCCAAUAUUGAAGUGAAAAUAGCUGAUGACAAUGGUCGGGCAUUGGGUCCCAAUGAAACCGGUGAGUUAUGGGCUCGUAAUUCACUACCAUGGGCGGGUUAUUUUGGCAAUCCCGCAGCCACCGCAGAGAAAUAUGAUUCGGAGGGUUGGAUUCAUACCGGAGAUAUUGGUUAUUUCAACGAUGAUGGUGAGCUGUUUGUGGUGGAUCGUAAAUGCGAUAUUCGAAAGUAUAACAACUUCCAUUUUUCGCCAACGGAUAUUGAGAAGGUCAUCAGUGAAUUGCCACAAGUGGCUGAUGUUUGUGUGGUGGGUAUACCGCACAGUGUUCAUGGUUUCUUGCCCGCAGCCUGUGUCAUUAUGCGGGCCGGUUGUGACAUCACGGAAUCGGAAAUCUAUCAGCAUGUUGCGGAGAGAAUGCAAGACUUUGAGUAUUUGCGAGGUGGAAUAUACUUCGUCGAAGAUUUUCCACAAACAGCAUCGGGCAAAACGAUACGUCGUAAGGUAACGGAGAUUUGUGAGCGACUGUGGAAUGAGAAGAAUAAGAAUAAUUAACUGAAUUUGAAAAUAA